GGGAUAAACAAAGUUGCCUGUGUAGCAAAUGUAUGCGUGAGAAAGAUGACCUCUGCAGCAUGAGGGAAUGACUCGGCACAGGAAACAGGGUGUCUGCUUUCUGAGCUCUAACCUCAGAGCCCCCUAUCCUGACUUCUGCUUACACAGCUCCAGUCCAUUCUGCCUUCUCUCUGCCACAGCAUAGCCUGAUAUUGAGAUGGCAUGGGCCAUGAGAGCAAUGCAGCAUGCUGAAGUCUACUAUAAGCUGAUUUCAUCAGUUGACCCACAGUUCCUGAAACUCACCAAAGUGAAUGACGAAAUCUAUUCUGAAUUUCGGAAAAAUUUUGAGAAACUCAGGAUAGAUAUAUUGGAUCCAGAAGAACUUAAAUCAGUUUCAGCUAAAGAGCCCUUUCAAGAGUGGAGGAAUAAAUUUACCUAUGUGAGUAGUUUAACUGGAACACUUGGAAGGAAGAUUGGCAAAUAGGGUACAGGGAGGUGUUUGGAUUCUCUGGAUUUAAGUUGACAUUAUCACAGGUCAUGCUAAAACUUGUGUUUCUCAUUGUUUACUUGAUUAGCUUGUACUUUUAUAGAUCACUAUAACUCUUAUAAUUGUGAAAAAAUUUCCCUGAGAGUAGGCCCUUGGCUGAUGAAGAACGUGUAAACUUUUAACUCUUAUCAGGAUGUUAACUGAUCUUUGGAAAAUUGCCUCUACUGAAUAGAUUUCUUUCUUGCAAUUUAA